AUGGCGACGCGGCGCUGUCGAGCCGCUCCUGGGCACGGCGCCGCUAUAAAUAGGGAUGGCUCAGCGGGCAGCUCCAGUCGCCGCUUGUUCCGUGGUGGUUGUUGUUGCGAGAGGCGUUUGUGUGUGCAGCGAUGCCCGAGCCGGCCAAGUCCGCCCCCGCGCCCAAGAAGGGCUCCAAGAAAGCCGUCACCAAGACGCAGAAGAAGGGCGACAAGAAACGGCGUAAGAGCCGCAAGGAGAGCUACUCGAUCUACGUGUACAAGGUGCUGAAGCAGGUGCACCCGGACACGGGCAUCUCGUCCAAGGCCAUGGGCAUCAUGAACUCCUUCGUCAACGACAUCUUCGAGCGCAUCGCCGGCGAGGCCUCUCGCCUGGCGCACUACAACAAGCGCUCCACCAUCACGUCGCGGGAGAUCCAGACGGCCGUGCGGCUGCUGCUGCCCGGCGAGCUGGCCAAGCACGCCGUCUCCGAGGGCACCAAGGCUGUCACCAAGUACACCAGCUCCAAGUAGAGCGUCUCGGAUCGUCUGUUUUUAACCCAAAGGCUCUUUUAAGAGCCACCCAUCUUCUCAGUAAAAGAGCUGAAAUUUCU